AUAUGACUUGAAAAAAUUAGAAAAAAUAUCAAAAGGAGAGAAACCUCUCUCUCUCUCUCACUUUGAUCUAUGGCUCCCUCUAUCGCUUUCUCUCCAGCUAGCUACAGCUCCAUUGUUACGAUCCUCCUCUCCAAAUGCUAGAAUGUGGGAACCCUAGAUUACCCCAAAUCUAGUUAAAACCUUCCCAGAGAUUUUGGAAACUCAUGGGGAACUGUUGCAGAUCUCCCGCAGCUGUAGCUAGAGAAGACGUAAAAUCCAACUACUCCGGCCACGAUCACCCUCGUAAAGACUCCACCAACGGCAAAAAAUCAGCUCCGAUUCGAGUCCUCACGGACGUCCCCAAGGAGAACAUCGAGGACCGGUACUUGCUCGACAGAGAGCUCGGACGCGGCGAGUUCGGUGUCACCUACCUCUGCAUCGAGAGAACCACGCGGGACCUCCUCGCGUGUAAGUCGAUCUCGAAGAGGAAGCUCAGGACCGCCGUGGAUAUCGAGGACGUGAAGAGGGAAGUGGCGAUUAUGAAGCAUCUGCCCAAGAGCUCGAGUAUCGUUACUCUCAAGGAGGCUUGUGAGGACGAUGCCGCUGUGCAUUUGGUGAUGGAGCUUUGUGAAGGUGGCGAGCUUUUCGAUCGGAUUGUGGCGAGGGGGCAUUACACGGAGCGCGCUGCCGCGGGGGUUACGAAGACGAUCGUUGAGGUUGUGCAGUUGUGUCACAAGCAUGGGGUGAUUCAUAGAGAUUUGAAGCCGGAGAACUUUUUGUUUGCUAAUAAGAAGGAGAACUCGCCGCUUAAGGCUAUUGACUUUGGAUUGUCGAUUUUCUUCAAGCCAGGUGAGAAGUUCUCGGAGAUAGUUGGGAGUCCAUAUUACAUGGCACCUGAGGUGCUAAAGCGGAGCUAUGGUCCAGAAAUAGAUAUUUGGAGUGCUGGAGUCAUUCUUUAUAUCCUGCUCUGUGGAGUUCCUCCAUUCUGGGCAGAGUCGGAACAGGGAGUUGCUCAGGCUAUUUUACGUGGGAUAAUUGAUUUUAAGAGAGAACCGUGGCCAAACAUUUCGGAGACUGCUAAGAGUCUUGUCAGACAAAUGUUAGAGCCUGAUCCAAAGCGCCGCCUGACUGCAAAGCAAGUGCUUGAGCACCCGUGGAUUCAAAACGCCAAGAAAGCUCCAAAUGUCCCUCUUGGAGAUGUUGUCAAGUCCAGAUUAAAGCAAUUUUCAGUGAUGAACAGAUUCAAGAGAAAAGCCCUGAGGGUUAUUGCCGAAUUCUUAUCUUCCCAAGAAGUAGAAGACAUCAAAGAGAUGUUCAACAAGAUGGAUACUGAUAAAGAUGGUAUUGUUACCAUCGAGGAGUUGAAAGCUGGACUUCGAGAUUUUGGUACACAGCUAGCUGAAUCAGAAGUGCAGAUGCUUAUUGAAGCGGUGGAUACUAAAGGGAAAGGAACACUAGACUAUGGAGAGUUUGUUGCAGUCUCUCUCCACCUGCAAAAGGUAGCAAACGAUGAGCAUCUCCGCAAAGCAUUCUCGUACUUUGACAAGGAUGGAAAUGGGUACAUUUUACCCGAGGAGCUUUGUGAGGCCUUAAAGGAAGAUGGAGGGGAUGACUGUGUGGAUGUCGCCAAUGAUAUAUUCCAAGAAGUUGACACGGACAAGGAUGGGAGAAUAAGCUACGAAGAGUUUGCGGCAAUGAUGAAAACAGGAACGGAUUGGAGAAAGGCGUCUCGUCAUUACUCGAGAGGGAGAUUCAAUAGCCUAAGCAUCAAGCUAAUGAAGGACGGAUCUUUGAACCUAGGCAACGAAUAGUGAACAAAGUGAGUAAGCCAGCUGCAUUAGAUUAUUUUAGAGUUCAUCUCUCACGUUACGUCAUCCACGUCAAGCAUUAAGCCAAGAUAAGUCAAACAUCUUGGGACUCAGAAUUCAAUCUUUUUUUUUUGUUUGUAAAUCUUUCGUUUUUUUAAUCCGUUUCUUUAUUUGUGGUGAUUCAUGCUAUCUGUGUCCUUUAUUGGUUUGUGGGCUGAGUUGUGGUAGAAAGGUUAAAGACAUGAGAAUCAAUGUUUGAUGUGUAGAAGAAGAAAAACGACCUUUCUGGUAAAUGAUGUUUUAAUAUGAAUCA